AUUCAUGCACGGUUGCUCGCGAUUGUUCGCGUCAUUGAACGAGUGUCUUUUAUUUCACCAAUGUGCUUCUGCGAAAGCAGACUGUAUUUUGUUACGCAAUGACCACACAAUGCAUUUGGAUGGAGUACGAUUCUUCUGUAUUUCGUGUAACAGAAAAAACCGAGACGUGUCCGAAUAAAAAUAAAAAUGAGACAAGCAAGAUGCAUGUCAGAAGAGCGCACGUUUGUCAUACGACCGAGCAACUUUCAGUGGCACAAAACGAAAGAUUAUUUCCACUUUUACUUUUUACUCGGUGCUAUUCCUAUGGGGAUCGUGAUCACCUUAGUUAACGUAUUCGUCGGUCCUGCCACACUCGAGGAAAUUCCUGAAGGUUAUGUUCCAAAGGAAUGGGAAUAUCUUCAACAUCCAAUUAAAAGAUUCCUUCAACGUUAUUUCUUCCCGUCGCCGCAACAGGAAUAUGAGAAAUUUCUGCAUCACAUAUACCACGAGAACCAACUCAGAAAAGUUAGGCUUCUUGAACAGCAGGUGAAUGUCGCAAUGAGCACUCGUCGCGAUUACAGAGAUUCAUACUUCCAGGAGUUCUACGGCGCCAAGUAUUUUCAUCACUAUAAACAAUAUUUGGACAAAUAUUAUAGUGAAAAUUAAAAUUGAUAUCAUUUGGCUUGUUAAUUAAUUUUGAUUUAAGAGAGAUCUGUGAAAAUUGGGGGAAAUUAUUUGAUCAGGUGUAGAUACGUAGAUUACAUGCUCUUGUUAAAUUCAUGCUGAAGAGUAAAUCCUUUGCAGUGUUAACUCUGUCGAUAAGUAUGUCGCAUUGUACAGUUACUAAAGUGUAAAGUUAAUAAAGUCUUGAUUAAAAUUC